AUGACAUAUAACAGCUUAGAUAGUUGGAUCAAAGGGCAACUUGUGGCAUUUGCAUUUAGUGAAUCUCCAAAAAAUAAAAAAACUAAAAUUUCUUUGGCUCAACUUUAUCAAAUUAAAUCAUCUAUUAAAAAUAAAGGAAUUAUUAAAAAUAUUCAUGGAAAUAUAGAAUAUACUUUUAUUCAAUCUGAUCAUGCAAUUGUAGAUGAAGAAAUUAAACAAGAAAUUAAUAAUUUUAUUCAUAAUUAUACCAAUAUUCAUGGAUUUCCUUCACUAGGCUGA